AUGAGUGCAAUAAUACAACGUAUAUUCUUGCAAGAAGAUGAAGAUGAAGAUGAAAGUAUUUUUUUGACUAUUUUAGAAAAUCCAGGUUUGGCUAUCCGUGAUUCAGCAAGAUUAAAUGUAAUAAAUACUUGUCUUAAAAAUCAAGGACUUGAUUCUAUGAUGUCAACAUUAUGCUGUGAUGUUAUUCAAACAUUAUUUGAAACAUUUGAAUUAUCAGAUUUAGCAAAUUAUUUUGGAUUUGCAGCUAAAGCUAUAACUAAUCUUGGAACAGAAGCAUUACAAAAAAUAACUGCAAUUGCUUUUCUUAAAGUAUUUGUUGAAGGAUUCUGGAAUGAAUGUAUUCAAAGACACAAUUAUCAGCAACCAAUAGUUUUCGAUCUAAUGGAAACUGAUGGAGCAGUUUUAAUUAAAGAAAUUAAUGAUUUUAUGAGCAUACCAAAUCCAUUAAUCCAUUCAUUAAAAAUAUAUUUUCUAAGAAUUUUACGUAAUCGGCACAAUCUUCCACUCAAUGACGUAAAACAAUUUUGUAAUAGACAAAAUAGAACACUUCCAUGGCUUGCAAGUAUUGCAUGGGAAGACAAUUCUCAAAAUAGACUUUCAUUUAAUCCUUACUGGGCCUUAGAUAUGUAUGCAGAAGCUGAUAAAGGAUUUUCUAGUUUAUACUCACUUAAAAAUAAAGCACCAAUUAAGAUCUUCCUACAAUCUGUACAAAAAAACGAAUCAAUGGGACAUAGAAUUGCAUUUGGUGGAGUAGUUGUACAACGUAUACAUUUAGUCCAUGCAUCAAAUGAAUGGUCUCUUGAUUAUGAUAAUGCCAGUAAAGAUCUUAGAACUGAAAUUAAUGGAAUGAAAACGCUUACACCACUUUAUAGACAAAUAAUUGACAAUAUUAUACAAAAUAAACAGCCAUUACUUCAACUAAACAUUAGGACAACAAAUGAAACUUUGUUGAUUAAAUCUGUAAUUGGACAUAUUGUAAUCUUACAUUCAUCAAUUCCUGCAGACUCAUCACCAUUAACUAUUUAUUUAAAUAAUCUACAAAACUGCCAUACACAUUAUAUUUUAACAGCACAAGCUGAUAAUGAAUCAGUCAUCAUGAAUGCUUUAACAUCUACUACUGGUGAACAAUUAACAAGAUAUUCAUGUCAGUGUGGUUAUAAAUAUGUUAUAGCAAACUGUGGUCAAGCAAUGGAAGCAAGAAAAUGUCCACAGUGUAGCAAUACAAUAGGAGGUGGAUCACAUAAAUCAGCUGCUGGUAAUCAAAAAUUGGAUCAUGCGCCUCAGAGAAAUAUGACAGUUGUGAACCAACCUGGUUAUGUUGAAGAUCUAGUUGAACCUGGAAUUGGUCAUACAGUCCGUGCUAUGCCACCAAAUGCAUAUCGCAUCUUACAUUUAAUUGUUCAUGCAUUGAUUGGUUCUUCAAAUCAUGCUAAAAACUUCUUAAAAAUUAAUGGUAAUGCUGAAGAAUAUUGCCUUAAACAUAUACAAAAUGACUGGAAUGCACUUAAAAGAAUUUUCAAUUGCAAUGAUGAAAAUUUAGCACUAUUGUUACAUUCAAUUCUAACAGAAAUGUCAAAAAAACUUUUUACUGGUAGUCCAUCAAUAAUUACAGACCCUGCUCAACGGGAUGCAUGGGAAUUACGGUUUGUUAAUGAAUAUGUUGAGCCACAAACAAAAAGCUUCAAUGAAUCUAUUACAAAUUUCCGUAGAAAAUUAGAUGCAGAAUUAAAAAAAGCAAAUGGAAAUACUAACAUAAUUGAAUCUGAAAUUAAUCAGACUAUAGAUAUGGAUGAUAAUUAUAAAGUUGAAUAUUUACCAAAUCUUUGGAGAACAAUAGGAGCUAUAAGUUUUGAAAGUUUCAGAGCAUAUUACAUUGCUGAUCAAACCAAUAACAAUAAAACAUAUCCAUUUCUUUCAAUAUUUUUUAAACAUUCUGAAAAGUUGACACAGAUUAAACAUCUUUUUCCCAUUAUUAAAUUUGCUGAGAUAUUGGCAUCAAGACUUGAGUAUAGAAUCAAUAGAAAAGAUGCUCAUAAUAAAUCAUUUCAAGAAUUUAUAAACGAUGAAUCAAAUGGAGGAAUAGUUAAAGAGACACAUGAAACAUUAGCUAAGGCAUUUGGUGAAUUUUCAGAAGCAUGGAAUGCAGUGCAUGAUCAAGUCAAAAGAUAUCAAUGUAGUGAGUUUAAAUCAGUUAUUCCUAAGGUGACUUUAGAUAGCCCAAUUGCUUUUGGAUUAGUUGAAGAAAAAGAUACAGGGAUAUUUAUUUGUGCAAUUAUAAAUUACCUUGUGGGAUUACAAAAUAAUUUCUUGCUAGAAAUCACAACAAUUCCAAAUGGGUCUUGUAAAUCAUUAAAAUUUUUAGAAGAACCAUCUCAAGUUGAUGCUGAAUCAACAUCUGGUAAUGGUGGUAGUAGUAGUAGUUCAACUCAAGCCAAUAAUUCAAAGAUAUCUAAUCAAUAUUAUCUACGAUUAUCAAGAGCAAACCAAUUAAUAAAAUCAAACGUAAUUGAUUAUGAAUGGGAUGAAGAUAUUCUUCAAUAUAGUCAAAGAAUCCUUGCUAUUGGACGUGGUGAUGAUGUUAUUUAUGACUUGCAAAAGAUUGAACUUGAACUUGCACGUUGGUUGGUAUUUGAUAAAGCAUAUAUUGAAACUGUACAAGAUUUACCAUUAUAUUUAGAACCAUUUUCAUACCAUAUGGAAUUGUUCCAAGGAUAUUUGAGAAUUCUCAGUGACAUUAAAAAUAUAAUUCCACAAGAACCUAUUCCUACUGAAAAAAUAUUAUUGAUUAGAGGAGAAGCAGGAAACAUAAAUAAUAAUAUAUUUGUAUCAUCAACACAAUAUACAAAUAAUUAUGUUUUAGAUGAUGCAAGUGACAUUUUAUCAUCACUAGAAGUACUUUUAUGUUUCGUUAAGCGCAAUGCAGUAGGGCAGGAAGACACAUUAAUACAAGAUUAUGUGGCACAAUGGAUGAAGUUAUCAUCAUUGACGACAAAACCUACAUUUGCAAAUUUAUUAAAUGCAGGUCUAACCUUAAAGCAUGUAGUAGCAUUAUAUGAAUUUGUAGAAGAACAGGUGGCCAACAGAGUGAUUGAUAGUAAUACAACAAGAAGCAAAAAGGGUAAAAAACCAGGAAAAACAGGACACAGAUUUGAUAUUACGUAG